AUGAAGCCGGACACCGAAGUUGAGAGUAAUCAUCUUAUUGGUAUAAAACGAAAAUAUUUAAAACUUGAAUUUCUGAAUGUCAAAGAUUUACUGAAGGUAAGAAAAGUUCUUCAUCCUUUAGUUUUACAAAAUCAAGAAAAUCUAAAUCUGAAGAACUUGUACGAUCUUAAUAAAGAAAACUCUUCUUCUGAUGUAUUGGCUUAUGUACUUGAUAUAAGGGAAUACGAUGUGCCUUACCACAUCCGAGUUGCCAUUGAUCUCUCGAUUUACGUUGGAAGGUGGUACGAGGUCAGGGUUGGUGCCAGUAACCCUUCCUUUACUCUCCGCACUGAUAUGGAGGAGCGGCCGGAUUUGACCGUGCUGGCGUUCGAUAUCGAGACCACCAAGCUCCCCUUGAAGUUCCCCGAUAGCGACAUCGACUCCGUCAUGAUGGUGUCAUACAUGGUGGACGGCCAAGGCUACUUGGUUGUGAAUAGAGAACUCAUUUCGGAGGAUAUUGCUGAUUUUGAGUACACCCCGACGCCCGAAUAUGAAGGGCCAUUUACGGUGUUCAACGAGCCAAAUGAGAAGGCGACCCUUGAAAAGUUUAUAGCGCAUAUUCAGGAAAUAAAACCCUGCAUUAUCGUGACCUUUAAUGGCGACUAUUUUGAUUGGCCCUUUGUAGAUAAGAGAGCAAAUGUCAAUGGGAUCGACAUCAUGGGCGAAGUGGGGUUCGGUCCAGACGCACAGGAUGAAUACAAGAGCCGGCCUAUUAUCCACAUGGACGCCUUCAAAUGGGUGAAGCGGGAUAGCUACCUGCCCCAAGGCAGUCACGGUCUUAAGGCAGUCACCAAGGCGAAGCUCGCCUAUGACCCACUAGAAAUCAACCCCGAAGACAUGUGCCGUUUUGCGUCGGAGCGCCCGCAAGCCCUUGCUAAUUACUCUGUGUCAGAUGCCGUGGCCACCUACUACUUAUAUAUGAAAUACAUACAUCCUUUUAUUUUUUCUCUCUGUUCCAUAAUCCCUUUGGAACCCGACGAAGUUCUCCGCAAGGGGUCAGGGACUCUUUGCGAGACCUUGCUUAUGGUCGAGGCUUUUAAAGCGGAUGUGAUUAUGCCCAAUAAGCACCACCCGCCUCACACCAAAUUUUAUAAAGGAAAAUUCAUAGAAAGCGAAACGUACGUUGGUGGCCAUGUGGAGUCCCUUGAGGCCGGCGUCUUUCGAAGUAAUAUUCCCGUGGAUUUUGAUUUGGAUGGACUGGCGCUGGACGAGUUGAAAAGUGGAGUUCCGGAGGCGCUGCGCUACACCCUCGAAAAAGAACUCGAAGUUGAUCUGAGUACCAUUCGAAACUUUGAUGAAGCUGUCUCUGAACUUCGCAGGAAGCUGGAUGAUUUAAGAGUCGCGCCAAAAAGGGCGGAGUGCCCCCUCAUCUACCACUUAGACGUGUCCGCCAUGUACCCGAAUAUCAUUUUAACCAAUCGGCUGCAGCCCUUUGCCAUCGUCGACGAAGCUACUUGUGCAGCUUGCGACUUUAACCAAUCGGGGCUGCAAUGCCAGCGAAUUAUGGACUGGAAGUGGCGCAUGGAAUACAUACCUGCGUCAAAGCCGGAAUAUGAACAUGUGAAGCUUCAUUUGGAAUCUGAGCGCUUUCCUAAUCUUGACCCUAAAAAAGCCUCAAAGAAGCCUCAACUUGCAUUCUAUGAGCUUUCAGGUCACCACACUUCGCAUUUUCAUUGGUUAAGCAUAAAUAAUUGUUGUUUAGAAGCCGAGCAGGCCAAGUUUAUUAAGAUGCGCUUGGCUGAUCUCUCUAAAAAAAUUCACAAGAAAAGCAAAGUUGCUACCGUUAUAGACAGGACAAGCACUAUUUGCAUGCGCGAAAACCCAUUUUACAUCGAUACGGUUCGCGCGUUUAGAGACCGCCGAUAUAUUUACAAAGACAAGUUGAAGGCAUGGCAAAGUAAACUCGCAAGAGCAACAGAGGUGGGCGAAAGGCAGAGUAUCAAGAACAUGAUUGUCGUGUACGAUUCACUGCAACUGGCCCACAAGUGCAUUCUUAACUCAUUUUAUGGCUACGUCAUGCGAAAGGGGGCCAGGUGGUUCUCUAUGGAAAUGGCCGGUAUUGUUUGUCUGACAGGUUCGGCCAUCAUCCAAAAGGCGCGGAAGAUUGUAGAGCGUAUAGGAAAACCGUUGGAGCUUGAUACGGACGGCAUCUGGUGCGCCUUUCCCUCGUCUUUUCCCGAAAACGUUGUUCUUAACCGAAUUAACGGCGAGCCUGAUAUUGUUGUGAGCUAUCCGGGGGCGAUGCUCAACGUGAUGGUCGGUAACACUUUUACUAACCACCAAUACCAUGUUCUGGAGGACAAAACCGCCCUUCGUUACUCGCAGAGGAGUGAAAACACAAUCUUCUUUGAAGUUGACGGACCAUACCGCGCCAUGAUACUUCCAGCCUCUAAAGAGGAGGACAAGCACCUGAAAAAAAGAUAUGCUGUAUAUAACAACGAUGGUUCUUUGGCUGAACUCAAGGGUUUUGAGCUCAAGCGACGUGGCGAGCUUCAGCUUACGAAAGCCUUCCAGUCGCAGAUCUUUGAAAAGUUCCUCGAGGGAACGACUCUUGUGGAAUGCUAUCAAGCUGUUGGCUCAGUGGCCAAUCAGUGGCUGGAUAUACUCUACAACAAGGGAAGCGAGCUAAGCGACGAGGAGAUAUUCGAGCUACUUUCUGAGACGCGUUCCAUGUCGCGCGAGUUGGGCGAUUAUGGCGCUCAGAAGUCCCCCACCAUCACGGCCGCUAAGCGCCUUGGCGAGUUUCUCGGGAGUGAUACCCUCCGGGGGAAGGGGCUCUCUUGCAAGUUUAUCAUCUCCGAAAAGCCCGUCGGGUUGCCUGUGGCUGACCGCGCCGUUCCCGUCAACAUCUUUUUGGCGGACCACCAAUUAAAAGUUUUCUACCUACGUAAGUGGUUAAAGUUUCCGUCUCUUUCGGACUUUAACGUCCGCACCAUUCUGGAUUGGGACUACUAUAUUGAGCGUUUUGGUGGCACAAUUCAAAGAAUUGUGACCAUUCCUGCAGCCCUCCAGGCUGUUGACAAUCCAGUCCCUCGUAUAAAGCAUCCAGAUUGGCUUCACAAGCGCAUCCGUUCUAAGAGAGCCGCGUUGCAGCAAAGGGGCCUCAGCUCGUUCUACCGCGUUAUUGACCCGGAUCCUCGUCGGCCAGUUGAUAUUGAGGAGUGCCAACUGCCUUGCAUCGCUGCAGCCCCCCUUAGAGAGAAGACGGGCCUAACAAGUAAGGGGCACGUGAGCAAUUGUGAUGCUAACCUUCCAGGGGCGUUGGAUCAUAGACUCCCUGAGGAGGACUCAGCCAGCUCUCAGAGUUCCUCUUCAGUGGUACCCGGCACGGAGACGCAUGAUCUGUCGUCCGAAGCCUACGCUGCCUUAUACGGCCCCCCACCUGACAAAACCGCAGACUACCAACUUUAUCUUAAUUAUCUGAAAACGAAGUGGAAGUGGCAAGUAAAGAUGCGGGCGCAGCGUCGAGGACAACACCAUUUGCAAAUCACAUCUGGGCUCGAGACUUUCUUUCGGAGCGACGAUGUCGUUCGCCAGCUGCGCGGUAACUGCUGGCAGAUUAUCCAGCUUUUGCCCACGAGGACACCUGGUGAGUUUCGCAUGUGGGCGUUUGUUGGCGCUUCUGUUGUCGCUGUUACCUUGACUGUUCCAAGACUGUUUUAUGUCAACUGCACAAAGGAGGAUCCUAAUAACCGGUGGCCAAAGGUUUUUAAAGUACUACCGAGGUCCCUCCCCGCGCUCCACUUGUACGAAUUUGCAAUGAAAGAGAGCGCCUAUCAGAACAUGCUUAAUAUGAAGGAACUCUCUGGCUUUUUCAACCAUCCAGAAAUCGAGGGGGUUUACGAGACCAACGUUUCUCUAGAAUACCGUGCCAUCGUCGCUCUAGGCUGCGUCUGCCGCGUUAGCCAGUCGGCGGACCUUACAGGGACGGAUCUGCACCUUCAGCUGGCCGACUUUACAAGUGAUCACAUGUCUUCUUCGGAAUAUCUGAAAGCAAACUCUUUUGAGCACGUCUACAUUGGUCAACAUGGAAGAAAGGACUGCAGUCUCAUUGGAGUAUUUCGAUCUGAUUCAGAGCAAGCCGCUAUUAUAGUCGUGGAUCCCCGAAAUAAGAAGCAGUUACCUAGCCCCUCGCGCCUGUACAAGAAGUUAAGAGAAAAGUUUUUAGAACUCCACGUGGGCACCGAUAAUAUAGAAAUUAGCGCCCCUCCGGAGAACAUUUCGUUUAAAGUCGUCUACUCUACUUCGGAAACUGAAGCCUUUGAUAGACUGCAACAUUUCGUCCACGACUUCACAACUACCGUUAAAGGGCGCAAGCCGUGCUUCUCUCUGUUGGACUGCUCUUGCUCUCUCGCAGCCCUCUUGCAAAACACUCCGGCAUUGGCUGCCAUGCCCCAUUUGUUCAUUAAAAACAACGCUGCCGGGGGAGGCGACUAUAAUAACGUGUUGCAGUGGGAAUUUCUUGCACUUGAAAAACUGAUUGAGCUCGCCCUCCACAGAAACCAAUGGCUGCGGUCCCAAAUAGCAUUCUCUGCUUAUGGUCACGUGCCCAUCGGGAAUUUGCCUUUUGACUAUCCCGUCUAUAUAUUGGACGUGUUUUAUACCCGGCAGCUGAUAAGAUUUGGCCACGUUUUGUGGGUUUCUGCCAAUAUCCGUCCUGACUUGGGCGGCAGAGAGGGUGAGGAUAAUGUGUGGCUGUGCCACGUAGCGGAGGAGGGUUAUUUUGAAAUGACCAAUGAGGGCUUUUAUGAUACGGUGUGUGUCGAACUCGAACUGUUGACGCUCGCCAUCAACAGCAUUGUCCACUCCGCUCAGCUCCACAGCGCCGAGGGCGUCUCGGACGAACUUCCUUUCGAUACCGCCAGGAACAUUUUUCUAGAAGACAACUUGCGAAUGAAAACGGUGCUUACUGGCUACGAUAUCUCGUCGGCGUGCAUUGCUGCCUUUCGAGUACUAAAGAGCGUGGUUCAUAGCCUCAUGAACGAGGUCGUUCUGAACCAUAACGAGCUGGCGGACACUCUUUGCAUCCACUUCUACCGUUGGCUGAGCAACUCGCGAUCUCUGCUAUACGACCCGGCGCUGCACCAGCUGGUACAAACUCUGAUGAGGAAGGUUUUCUUUCAGCUCGUCAUGGAGUUCAAGCGCCUCGGUUCGUCCAUUGUGUAUGCGAACUUUACGAAGCUCAUCGUUGCCACACCGAAGAGCAGUCUCAGCGAUGCGGCUGCCUACAUGGAUUUUAUUCUGCAGGGCAUUCGAAAACAAGAAGUUUUUGCGCUGCUUGAUCUUGUCCCGGUGGUGUACUGGGAGCAGCUCUGGUGGCUCGACAAGUGCAACUAUGCGGGCAUGCAGACCAGGAAAACUACAGACCAUUUUUCUGAGGGCCCGUGCGACUUUGUUAGUAGCCUCAACAUCAAGGAAUACCUCCCGAUCCCGUUGCAACGCUCUUUUGAACUUGUAGUUGGAGACUUCAUAUAUAAAGUUUAUGAGAGCAGUCGCAGCGAGCAGCUGGACCACCAGAAAGUUGGGGCGCCUUCUUCUGUCAAAACCAGGAGCAGACUACAAGAUGGCAGGCGUUCUAACGAGACAACCCGCGUGCAGGAGCUCUUGAGCGGCGUGGGCAAAAAGCUUUUCAAGCUCCUCCCUGACAUUCGCAAGGCUACUGGCUACGAGUUUCCUGCUUUGCCGGGCUCUCAUCUUGCCAUGAGCGAUCCCGCUAUAGAAUUCGCUAAAUUUGUGCUUAAGAUUCUUUCCUUGGAUGCUGCCAUUUCCGAUGAAGUCGCCCUGUUGCGCAAAAAUCUUUUCCGGCUAUUGGGCGUUAGUGAAUUUUCUGAGGAGGCUAUAUUUAGAAACCCAUGUGCGUCCUACACGCUACAAGAAGUCAUUUGUAGAUUUUGCAAUGAUUGCCGCCCGCUUGAUCUCUGCAGAGAUCCCCAACUUGUGCAGCGGGUAUGGCAGUGCCCACAGUGCGACCAUCCCUACGACUUAGAAUUGAUAGAGCAAACCCUCAUAGACACAUGGAGUCAGAAACUUCUUUCCUAUCAGUUGCAGGAUUUGGUUUGUACCAAAUGCCAUCAAGUGAAACGUGAGCACAUGCCUCUGCUAUGCAGCUGCUCCGGCUUCUACACUACAAAAAUUCACCAUCAGAGUUUUACAGAAGAAAUGCAGACAUUCCACCGCAUUGCCAAGUACCAUAAAUUUGAACUGCUAGAAGAGUUUGUCACAUGGAAUGUGGACCUUGCCAAUGGCGCUUCAUUUUAACUGUUAUGCAUCCUACUUUUCUGCGCUUGCAAGAGGUUAAAGGCUAGUAAUGCACUGCGGAGGAACCCGAUAAAGUCUAUGAAUCUCUCUUGUAUAAAAAAGUUACAGCGAACCGGUUUUGUUAUAAUAUAGCUGGACUAUAAGAAGACAGACGGCAUGGUUUUAUAUAUGAAUUUACUAUA